UUUGUUAGUUUUACUGAACAAAAGAUAACCAAAAUGUCAGAUCAAGAAAUAAAGACUGGUAGCAAACAUGAAAGAGAGGAAGAGGAGGAGGAAGAGAAACAAGACCAAGAAGAAGAAGAAGACAUCGGACCAGCUAUACCAAUAGCUAUUGAAACACCAAAAAAGAAAAAACGAGAAUAACUCGUAGUUCUAAUGCACGAACGAACUUAUUUGGAACGUUUGCCUUCGGCUGAUAUGUAUGAACGUAGUUAUAUGCAUCGUGAUGUUUUAAGUUUUGUGGCCACCACAGCAACGGAUUUUAUAAUUACAACAUCAGUUGAUGGACAUUUGAAAUUUUGGAAAAAGAAUGAUAAAGGAAUUGAAUUUGUGAAGCAUUUUCGCGCACAUAUCGGAAAUAUCACUAGUAUCAGUGUUUCUGCGGAUGGGUUGUUAUUAGCAACUGGUGCGGUAGAUAAAGCAUUAAAAGUAUUCGACGUAGUUAAUUUCGACAUGAUUAAUAUGAUGAAAUUGGAAUAUACGCCAAAUAGUAUCUGUUGGGUUCAUAAACGAGGUCAAGCUCAGACAUUAUUAGCCAGUUCUGAUGACGCCGGCAACAUUUUUAUCUAUGAUGGUCGAGGUGAUGAACAACCCCUACAUAAAGUUCCAAAGUUACAUAAUCAUCCGGUUCACUUGAUGACAUAUAAUGAGAAGGAUCAUACGGUUUUAUCUGCAGAUACAUCAGGAAUGUUGGAAUAUUGGGUACCAGAAGAACCUUUUGGCUUGCCCAAAACAGUAUCAUUUGAAUUCAAAUCUGAUACAGAUCUUUAUGAAUUCAAAAAAAUGAAAACAUCUCCGACAUCAAUGACAUUUUCUCCGGAUUACAAACAAUUUGUAACAACAAGUAUUGGAGAUCGUCAAAUACGAGUUUUUAGAUUUAAAACCGGAAAGAUGAUUCGAAAGUAUGAUGAGUCAUUAUCGGUUAUAAGUGAAAUGCAGCAGGCUGGGACUGCUAUAUAUAAAUUAGAUGAUAUGGAAUUUGGUCGUAGACUUGCUGUAGAACGUGAAUUAGAAAAGACUUCACUAGCAUCCACGAUGAAUGCAGUUUUUGAUGAAAGUAGUAACUUCAUCAUUUAUCCUACACUGCUUGGUAUCAAGAUUGUCAACCUAACGACAAAUAAGGUGGUUAGAUUAAUUGGUAAAACGGAACCACAUCGGUUUCUUAAUAUGUCAAUGUAUCAAGGAGCUCCAAAAAGAAAGGCCCUUAUUACAAUGGAAAUGGCAGCGUCGGAUAAUCCAUUGAUGAGAGAAAGUGAAUUAAUGGAUCCAACGUUAUUUUGUACAGCAUAUAAAAGAAAUCGAUUUUUCAUGUUUACAAAACGUGAACCAGAUGCUCAUGAAUCACAUAAAGGAGAUAGGGAUGUGUAUAAUGAAAAACCAUCAAGGGAAGAACAAACAGUAGCAUCAGCGCAACCCACCAAACAAAAAUUGGGUAAUACAGCCAUAUUGCGUACAACUUCAGGAGAUAUUCAUGUAAGAUUAUUCCCAGAAUAUGCACCAAAAGCCGUGGAGAAUUUCGUUACACACGCCAAGAAUGGAUAUUACAAUAAUGUAAUUUUUCACCGAGUUAUUAAAGGGUUUAUGAUUCAAACAGGAGACCCAUUAGGGGAUGGUACUGGAGGGGAAUCAAUAUGGGGAUCAGAAUUUGAGGAUGAAUUUAACAAGGAUUUGAAACAUGAUAGACCAUAUACUGUGAGUAUGGCUAACGCUGGACCAAAUACUAAUGGAUCGCAAUUUUUCAUUACGGUUGUUCCAACGCCAUGGCUUAACAAUAAACACACGAUAUUCGGUAGAGCGACAGCCGGUAUGGACGUAAUUCAUACCAUUGAGAAUGCAAAGACCGAUAAAUUGGAUAAACCAUUUGAAGAUGUUAAAGUCAUCAAUAUUGAAAUUCGCUGAAUUUCUGAUAGAAAAUAUAUUAGAAUUUUUUUUUGUUAAUAAAUUAUCAAAAAUCAUCUUAAAAAAAAAAAAAA